AUUGGUAAUGCAAUGGCCUGGGUUAUAUAUGUGCUACUAAAUGAAAGCUAUGCAUUGUUCAGACUGUACAGUUCACUAGAAAUGUCGUCAUUCCUAUGUGCUGCUAUGGUUCUGUAGUUUCCCUUGCCUGGAGGCUUGAAUUUGGGUAACUUGGAGCAGAUUCAUUCAAAUGGGUUCGAUAAUGAAUUUCCCGAUCAGGAGGAUCCCCCACUUCCAUGAAUCUGAAUACCAGUCCCCUCAGUGGUUUGAAGAACUCAUUGAACCUGAUCUUAAGUGGUCUUUCGAAAUAAACAGCGUUUUGCAUGCAGGAACUAGCGAGUACCAGAACAUUGUUCUCUUGGACACAAAUCGCUUUGGAAAGGCUUUGGUGAUUGAUGGGAAGAUGCAGAGUGCUGGAAAGGAUGAAUUCAUAUACCAUGAAUGCUUGGUUCAUCCUGUUCUUAUAUUCUGUGAAAGCCCUAAAAGUGUGUUUAUAAUGGGAGGUGGCGAAGGCUCUACUGCUAGAGAAGUACUCAAGCAUAAUGGCGUAGAGAAAGUAGUCAAGUGCGAUAUAGACAGGGUCGUAGUUGAUUUCUGCCGCAUGCAUCUGACAGCGAACCAGGAAGCAUUUAGCGACGGAAGGCUCCAUUGCAUUAUUAAUGAUGCAAAUAAUGAGAAGUUUGAUAUUAUUUUUGGAGACUUGGCUGACCCACUUGAUGGAGGCCCUUGAAAUCAUCUCUACACCAAAUCCUUCUAUGAGCAAGUGAUCAAGACCAAGCUCAAUGACUCUGGCAUCUUUGUCACUCAAGCAGGACCAGCAGGAGUUCUCUCCCACAAGGAGGUCUUCUCUCCAAUAUACAACACCAUAAAACAGGUGUUCAAGUGUGAGUCUCUAAGCCAAAAAGGGCCAUGACUUGAGAUCUCAUGUUGGGGUGUUAUUUUGUUUAUUUACUGCAUACAUAUUCUUAAUUUGCAGAUCAGAUUGCAUAUACUACUCAUGUGCCCACGGAUGCACAUUGAUGUGGAUGGGUUUUGGUCACUCGCCAUUAAUUAUAUCUCCGUUUUCUUCCACUGUGAAUUCUCUUUAGAUGACUUCUUUCUCCAUAAUUUUAAUUAUCAGGCAUCAGACCAGCAGCUUAAAUUGGAUGUUGAAAAAAUUGACAAGAAAAUCAGAGAGAGGAUCAUGGGGGACUUGCAAUUACUAGAUGGUGCUUCAUUUGUAUCAUCUACGGUUCUGAAUAAGACCGUUCACAAAUCGUAAGUUUUAGUGUUGGAUUUAAAUUGGUAUCCCCACCGUUCAAUUGAAAAUGAGUAAUGAAAGUUAAUUAAAAAUCUUGGUAUGUGUAAAUAUCUCUCUAACUAUGGGCCUCAUUUUACAGACUCAUGAAUGAAACUCAUGUCCUUUGCCAAAGAAAUGCUAGGUACCUCCAUGGCCAUGGAGUUGCUGACAGUGCUUAAUUAAGGCCUAAAGUUUAUGUCUUUAUGUUGUUUAAGAAACUGGAUAAAGUUUCAAACUUCAUGAUGUUGCAUGACAAUAAGGAAAUUAAUUGCAAAGCAAGCAAAAUUUACUUGACUGGUUAUGGAGGUUUAUGGGAAGUAGGUUCAA